GGUCUCGGGGCUCGAGAAUGCGGGAGCCAGGUGCUGGAGUCGGUGCCGGCGCGCGGCGAUGACGUCGCCGGAAGCCAGGAUGAUGGAGGCGCACCGCCUAGUCUGCAUGCGCUAGCCGACUGCACAGCGGCUGGCGAGGCGAUCCACUGGCGCGAGCCCCUGGCCGGCGGGCGGUGCACCCCAUUCCCGAGACCGGGGCCUGAGCCCCGAGGGUUCGAGUCCCUCCCGCGGGUCGGAGCUGAGAGGCGGCCUCAGGGUGCCCAACCCCGCGCUCUGCGAGCUUCCCGUGCGCCGGGCCCAGGGAGGCGGUGGAGACGGCCCCUCAAUCCAGGCAUCAGGACGGACCGGACGAUGACUGACAAGUGAAGGGAGAUCCCGGCUAGAGACGCGGGCCGGCGGUGGCGGACGUCAUGGAAGGAGAUGGAGAUGGGGGCACGGGCCCUGGGCCAGUCGAUGGCUGCAGCCAGGACAGCAGCGCUGCCCUGGGCAUCUCUGCAGCCCCAGUCCCCCAAGAGGAGGAGGAGAAGGAGGAGGAGGAAGGAGCUGGAACAGCUGCACAGUCAGGCCCUCAGCCAGGGCUCUACAGCUACAUCAGGGACGAUUUGUUCACUUCGGAGAUCUUCAAGUUGGAGCUGCAGAACGUGCCGCGCCAUGCCAGUUUCAGCGACGUCCGACGCUUUCUGGGCCGCUUUGGCCUGCAGCCCCAUAAGACCAAGCUCUUCGGCCAACCUCCCUGCGCUUUUGUGACAUUCCGCUGUGCCGCCGAGCGGGACAAGGCCUUGCGUGUGCUGCACGGCGCCCUCUGGAAGGGCCGCCCUCUCAGCGUGCGCAUGGCCAGGCCCAAGGCCGAUCCCAUGGCCAGGAAGAGGCAGCGUGAGGAUGAGGGUGAGCCUCCAGCCACGUGUGUGGCCGAUGUAGUGACCCCUCUUUGGACGGUGCCCUAUGCUGAGCAGCUGGACAGGAAGCGGCUGGAGUGUGAGCAGGUGCUGCAGAAGCUUGCCAAGGAAAUUGGGACCACCAACCGUGCCCUGCUGCCCUGGCUGCUCUCACAGAGGCACAAGCACAACAAAGCCUGCUGCCCGCUGGAGGGGGUCAGACCAUCGCCCCAGCAGACCGAGUAUCGAAACAAGUGUGAGUUCCUGGUGGGCGUCGGAGUGGACGGGGAGGACAACACUGUCGGCUGCCGGCUGGGAAAGUACAAGGGCGGGACGUGUGCUGUGGCGGCCCCCUUCGACACCGUGCACAUCCCCGAGGCCACCAAGCGGGUGGUGAAGGCCUUUCAAGAGUUUAUCCGGUCUACUCCGUACUCGGCAUACGACCCGGAGACGUACUCGGGCCACUGGAAGCAGCUGACCGUGCGCACCAGCCGCCGCGGCCAAGCCAUGGCCAUUGCCUACUUCCAUCCUCAGAAACUGAGCCCUGAGGAGCUGGCAGGGCUGAAGGCCUCCUUAGCGCAGCACUUCACAGAGGGGCCGGGCAAGGCCAGCGGGGUGACCUGCCUCUACUUCGUGAAGGAGGGUCAGCGAAAGACUCCCAGCCAAGAGGGCCUGCCCCUGGAGCACAUAGCUGGGGACCAGUACAUCCAUGAAGAUCUGCUGGGGUUGACCUUCCAGAUUUCCCCUCAUGCCUUCUUCCAGGUGAACACCCCAGCAGCUGAGGUCCUCUACACAGUCAUCCAGGACUGGGCCCAGCUGGAUAUGGAGAGCACAGUGCUGGACGUGUGCUGUGGCACUGGCACCAUCGGCCUGGCCCUGGCCCGGAAGGUAAAGAGAGUUGUGGGGAUUGAGCUGUGCCAGGAAGCUGUGGAGGACGCCCGGGUGAAUGCCAACAACAAUGAGUUGAGCAAUGUCGAGUUCCACUGUGGGAGGGCCGAGGACCUGGUGCCUGCCCUGGUGAGCAAACUGGCCUCCCAGCAGCUGGUUGCCAUCCUGGACCCACCCCGCGCCGGCCUGCAUUCCAAAGUGAUCCUGGCCAUCCGCAGAGCUGAGAACCUCAAGCGGCUCCUGUAUGUCUCCUGCAACCCCCGGGCGGCCAUGGGCAACUUUGUAGACCUCUGCAGAGCCCCAUCUAAUCGAGUGAAAGGGACUCCCUUCCGGCCGGUCAAAGCCGUGGCUGUGGACCUGUUCCCGCAGACCCCGCACUGCGAGAUGCUCAUCUUAUUUGAGAGGGUGGAGCACCCCAAUGGCACAGAGACCCUGGAGCCCAAGGACCCACCAGCUCAGCACUUAUCUGGGCCCCAAGAUGACACCCAGCAGGAAUCUGAGUCCUCCCCUUCUUCCUAGGCCCUGGAGCAAUGGAAAUCAGCCUUUCCAGAACAGGUCUCAUUGGUAUCACAGGGGCAGACCAAGUGACCCCUCAAAUCCUUGCCUCACCCAAAGCACGGAGGUAGUGCUCCCAACAGGACACAGACCCAGCUGUCCUGCCCGGGGCCUUUCCCAUUACUGUGGGUUAUAGGCUCCUGCACCCUGCACACAGGUACACCCUCACUCUUUUUGGAAAAGGGCCAGAAUAAACAACUGCUGAACUA